AUGGCCAUUCUGGCCCGCGACAGUGUUUACUGGAGGGAGCGCACCUACUACCUUGAUCUUCUACAGACCCAGGUCGUGCAGCUCCGCUCCGUCCCUGAUUGUCGUCUCCACGUGGUUGAUCGGCUUAGAGAACUUGCUCAGAUGACACCUGGCUACAUAGAGGCUUCGCUUCUCGUCGGUGACACUAUCUUCCAUCGGAUCUGCUGCGCUCUUCAACCUCUGCUCCCCACCGCGAUUGCCACCGUGUCGAGAGACUUUGAUCCCGUCAGUGGAUAUAGAGUCGCGGAUGUGCUUGAGGGUACAGUUCUCCUGGAGAUUCGAGACCCCUUCAACCAUCCAGCCAUAUGGUAG